AUGGGCACAGUCGCUGACCCCGCCAAGACCGGUACCAAGUCCGUCAGUGGUUUCGCCACUGACUUCCUCAUGGGUGGUAUCUCCGCUGCCGUCUCCAAGACCGCUGCUGCCCCCAUUGAGCGUGUCAAGCUCCUCGUCCAGAACCAGGAUGAGAUGAUCAAGCAGGGCCGUCUCGCUACCCCUUACAAGGGUAUCGGAGACUGCUUCGCCCGAACCUACCAGCAGGAGGGUCUGACUUCUCUCUGGCGUGGAAACACCGCCAACGUCAUCCGAUACUUCCCCACUCAGGCUCUCAACUUUGCCUUCAAGGACUUCUUCAAGUCGCUCUUCAAGGUGCCAAAGUCUGACCCUUACUGGAAGCAGCUCUCGGCCAACUUGGCCUCUGGUGGAGGUGCUGGUGCCUCUUCGCUCCUCUUCGUCUACUCUCUCGACUACGCCCGUACCCGUCUCGCCAACGACGCCAAGUCUGCCAGCAAGGGUGGUGGUGAGCGCCAGUUCAACGGUCUCGUAGACGUCUACCGCAAGACUCUCGCCACCGACGGUAUCGCUGGUCUCUACCGUGGUUUCGUCCCCUCCGUCAUUGGUAUCGUCGUCUACCGUGGUCUCUACUUCGGAAUGUACGACUCGCUCAAGCCCGUCCUGCUCACUGGUGCCCUCUCCAACAACUUCCUUGCCUCCUUCGCUCUCGGAUGGGGAGUCACCACCGGUGCCGGUCUCGCCUCGUACCCUCUCGACACCAUCCGACGACGAAUGAUGAUGACCUCCGGUACCAAGACCCACUACAACGGUAUCCUCGACGCUGGUCGCCAGAUCGUCGCCGCUGAGGGUGUCAAGUCACUUUUCAAGGGUGCAGGAGCGAACGUCUUGCGUGGUAUCGCUGGAGCUGGUGUUCUUUCUGGUUACGACAAGCUCCAGGAGCUCAUGUUCGGUAAGGUGUACUCCGGUGGUAGUUAG